CAACGGAAGAGGCGGACGGUGGAGGGGGUGCCUCUGCUUGGGCUGGACUGCCGCGGAGGAGGCGACGAGGGUUUCGGCGCUGGGGGGCUGGCUUGGGCGGCAGCGGCGGCUGCUGCGGAUGGGAGCGGGCCGGCUCGGCGUACCCAUGGAGCGCCACGGCAGAGCGGCCGACACCUCCGCCUCGGCGGGGGAGCCGGCGCCCGAAGGGCCUGAUGGGCGGCGGCGGGAGCUGCUGCGGCGCCGGGCGAGUAGCGCGUCGGAGCCCCCAGUCGGGUCCUCUGCCUCGGCUUCGGCAGAGGGCAUUAGGCGAAACCGGCCCGGCUCCUACAGCGGCGCUCCCUCGGCCUCCCGCCAGCGCGUGGAAAGCCUCAGGAAGAAGCGGCAGCUUUUUCCAUGGUUUGGCUUGGAUAUUGGUGGAACCCUGGUUAAGCUGGUUUAUUUUGAACCCAAAGACAUCACUGCUGAAGAAGAAGAAGAAGAGGUGGAAAGUCUUAAAAGCAUUCGGAAGUACCUGACCUCCAAUGUGGCUUAUGGGUCCACAGGUAUUCGGGAUGUGCACCUGGAGCUGAAGGACCUGACUCUGUGUGGACGCAAGGGCAAUCUGCACUUUAUACGCUUUCCCACUCAUGACAUGCCUGCUUUUAUUCAGAUGGGCAGAGAUAAAAACUUCUCGAGUCUUCACACUGUCUUUUGUGCCACUGGAGGUGGAGCGUACAAAUUUGAGCAGGAUUUUCUCACAAUAGGUGACCUUCAGCUUUGCAAACUUGAUGAACUAGAUUGUUUAAUAAAAGGAAUUUUAUACAUUGACUCAGUUGGAUUCAAUGGACGGUCACAGUGCUAUUACUUUGAAAACCCUGCUGAUGCUGAGAAAUGUCAGAAGUUACCAUUUGAUUUGAAAAAUCCAUACCCUCUGCUUCUGGUGAACAUUGGCUCUGGGGUUAGCAUUUUAGCAGUAUAUUCCAAAGAUAAUUACAAGCGGGUCACGGGUACCAGUCUUGGAGGAGGAACUUUUUUUGGUCUCUGCUGUCUUCUCACCGGCUGCAGCACUUUUGAAGAGGCUCUGGAAAUGGCAUCUCGUGGAGAUAGCACCAAAGUGGAUAAACUAGUUCGAGACAUUUAUGGAGGGGACUAUGAGAGGUUUGGACUGCCGGGCUGGGCUGUGGCAUCCAGCUUUGGAAACAUGAUAAGCAAGGAGAAGCGAGAGGCUGUCAGUAAAGAGGACCUCGCCAGAGCAACAUUGAUCACCAUCACCAACAACAUUGGCUCCAUAGCAAGAAUGUGUGCCCUUAAUGAAAACAUUAACCAGGUGGUAUUUGUUGGAAAUUUCUUGAGAAUUAAUACGAUCGCCAUGCGACUUUUGGCAUAUGCUUUGGAUUAUUGGUCCAAGGGGCAGUUGAAAGCACUUUUUUCGGAACACGAGGACUUUGCUAACUGCCCGGCUAGCUCAGUCAGUAGAGCAUGAGACUCUUAAAGGACUUUGCUGUGGCAUCUUAUCCCUUGGAGACCUUGACGCAUCCUGUAUCCUGGGUUAUUUUGGAGCCGUUGGAGCACUCCUUGAGCUGUUGAAGAUCCCCUGAUCACCUGGGGAGGGUUCCUGGAACAUUGCACAAUGGGAUCUGUGAACUUUUGUUUUUUAAGAGACUCAAUUUUAUGAUGGUGUACUACCCAAAUCAAAGCAAGGAAGGAUGAGUGUAUUUUUCUAAGUCAUCAAGAUAAAUCCUUAAAAAUUUAGUCGAAACUAGUAACCACUAAGGAAAGAUACAUAUAAAAAAAAGUGGACAUGUCCACGGCAGUGAGGAUUUGCUGUAGUUAGGUUGCUUUUCAGUAUAGCUUUGUUAAACCUGCCAUGUGUUUUUGAAAUUCCCUGUGUCACUUACUGGGAGCCACUUCAGGGGAGAGCUGUUCAGUGUUCAGCUGGCUGGUUUUGUGUCCUGUUGAACUUGCUAAAUGUAAGGCAAGUACUAUAUGUUGUAAUCUCAUCACAAUGUAGUCAGUAUAGCCUUGGAGAUCAUUA